AUGAACGGUAUUGUGGGCACCGCACCGCCCGGUGCCAUGUAUGUCCGUGCCCUCUACGACUACGAGGCCGACGACAGGACGAGUCUGAGCUUCCACGAGGGCGAUGUCAUCCAGGUUAUCACCCAGCUCGAGAGCGGUUGGUGGGACGGCGUCAUAAACGGGGUGCGCGGGUGGUUUCCGAGCAACUACUGCCAGAUCAUCACCAGCCAGGACGAGCUGCCCGAAGGCCACUCGCAGGAGAACGGCCUGGGCGACUCGCUCGAGGAAGAACUGGACGAGGAGUCAUACGACGAUGAGGAGGGCGACAUGUCCGAGCUCGAGGAGCUCCCCCUGGAGGGCACCAACUUUGGUGAGAAGUCCAAGGCCGACUACUGGAUCCCCCAGGCCACCCCUGACGGCCGGCUUUUCUACUACAACACCAUGACGGGCGAGAGCAGCUCCGAGCUGCCCCUGGAGUCGCCCUCGUCGGUACAUGAGAAUGGGCCCCUAGACCGCAUGGGCGUUGUCAUGCCGGAUCGGACCAGGCCGCCCCCAGAGCUGAUGGCCAGGGGUCUAAUGCAAGACGAGGAUGAGGACUCGGAGGCCACUUCCGCAUCAGAACUUGAGGGGGAGAACCUCAUGUUCGGUCGCCAGCAGGGUCGUAAUCGGCGCUCCUUCAGCAAGGACGGCAUAUCGCCUGCGCCAUCCUUGGACUCGAUCAACGGCCAAUACGCCUUCGGCAGGAAUAAUAGCACGAUAGGUUCGGCGCGGCUGCCGGACCAAGCCCCCACAUUCACAGCUGGUGCCACCUUUAAUCUUCCCACGGCGGCAACCAUUCCUCGCUCGUUCUUUGACGACGGGAGCACGCCACCGCUGACCUGGAGCCGCUUGGUGUCCAACAUGAAGAAGGCCAUCGACCGCUACCGAGAAGCUAUCAAUAAUGGUGACAAGUCCGAAUAUGUAGCGCGCGCGGAGGAUAUCUCGGACCACCUGCGACUUCUCUUGGCAGCCGGCUCAGGCACCACCGACAACCACUCUGGCCAGCCUUCCAUCAUCUCGACCAACAAGGCGCUGUAUCCUCACUUCAGAGACAUGAUGUCCAAGUUCUCCAAGCUUGUCGUCUCCUCACAUAUUGCAGCCGCCGACUUCCCAGCGCCCGAGUCCGGGCCAAAGUGUCUGCAGGAGGCCGACGGCGUCUUGCUGGGCGUCUUCAGCUACGUCGAGGUUGCAAGGCAGCAGAGGGGCGAGGAGAUCCCCAGGCUGUUUCCCGGAUUUGUCAUCGGCAGCACGACGGGCGGCAGCUGGCAGAACAACGGCCUCGGCCCUCGCGAUCCCAUCACGUCCAACUUCCUGGAUGACGAGGAAGGUGUCGUUGAGCCGACGGUCAUCCUCGAUGGAAAGCUGCUGGAGCGCCUGGACGAGCUGAAGCGGAUGCUCGUGUCGAGCAUCCGCGAGCUGGACAAGAACCUGGUCGUCACCGACAAGAUCGUCACGCCCUACAAGCACGAAAUUAUUGCCAACAACGUCUGCUCCACUGGUGGCAAGGUGAUCGAGACCUUCAAGCCCUGGAUCGCCAUGAUCGAGUCCAUCGACCUCUCAUCGCUCGAGAACAGCUUCCAGACCCCUCAGCUGACUGAUUUCAGCAUCAACAAGCAGAGCCUGUACGACAACAUUUCGGACCUGAUUCUGGGCUGCCAGGCUGUUGCGGGGCCGCUCGCGGACGAGUGGUCCGAAGUUCGAGGCGAGGCGCUUGAGAACAGGCUGGAGUACGUGAGGCAAUGUGCCAGGGCCCUGGAGACCAACUCAUCCCACAUCGGGUUCUCGCUCCAGCUGCUGUCUGAGCAGGUCCAGAUCAACCUCCAGCAGCAGGCAGAAGCCCGCGCGAGGGAAGAGCAGCAGUCGAGACAGCAGCUGACCCGCGGCGAGACCAUGCCGUACGGUGGUCAACAUGCACGGACUGAGUCCCGUGUCACGAGGCCACCGUUGACUACAUCUCAGUCAUACACCGAGGGCGAGACCAACAUCGCCAACAACAUCAGCAGGCAAGCGGGCACCUACUCCAAAGUUAGGAAGAUUUUCGGAGAGGACCCCACGCCCCAGCAGAGUGUUAUUGACGAGACGCCGGAAUUCCUGCGUCUGGAUUACGAGCACGAGCUAGCAUGGGACUUCAAGGCGUCGCCCCCUCAGAUCAAGGGAGGUUCCCUUACAGCCUUGGUGGAGCAGCUCACCCGACACGACAAGCUGGACUCAAAUUUCAACAAUACCUUCCUCCUCACCUACAGGUCAUUCACAACAGCGCGGGAGCUGUUCGAGCUCUUGGUGCACAGGUUCGGCAUCCAGCCGCCUGAAGGCCUCUCUCCGGCCGAAUUCGAGGUCUGGAGGGAGAGGAAGCAGAGCCCCAUCCGCUUCCGGGUGGUCAACAUCUUGAAGAACUGGUUUGAGACGUUCUGGAUGGAGGACAGCCAGGAGGAAGAGACCAAGAACCUGAUACGUGAUGUUUACAACUUUGCGAGAGACACGGUCAAGUCGACGGAAACACCCGGGUCUGCCCCGUUGAUGGCUGUGCUGGAUCAGCGCAUGAGCGGUAAGGACGUGGGGAGGCGCCUAAUCCAGACACAGAACCAGUCGGCACCCGCGCCUAUCAUGCCCAAGAACAUGAAGAAGCUCAAGUUCCUGGAUAUCGACCCUACCGAGUUUGCUCGACAGCUCACGAUCAUCGAGUCGCGGCUGUACGGCAAGAUUAAGCCCACCGAGUGUCUCAACAAGCGGUGGCAGAAGAAGCCCGGCGAGGGCGAGCCCAACCCCGCUCCGAACAUCAAGGCGCUCAUCGAGCACUCGAACCAGAUGACCAACUGGGUGGCCGAGAUGAUUCUGGCACAGUCAGACGUCAAGAGGCGUGUGGUGGUCAUCAAGCACUUUGUGGCAGUUGGCGAGAAAUGCCGGCAAUUAAACAACUUUUCUACCAUUACCUCCAUUAUCUCGGCUCUGGGCACUGCCCCUAUUGCUCGUCUCAAGAGAACCUGGGAUCAAGUCCAUCAGAAGACCCAGGCUACGCUCGAAGGGAUGCGCAAGCUCAUGCUCAGCACGAAAAACUUUGCCGAGUACAGAGAGAGCCUGCACAUGGCCAAUCCUCCAUGUAUCCCCUUCUUUGGUGUCUACUUGACCGAUUUGACUUUUAUUGAGGAUGGUAUUCCUUCCAUCAUCAAGAAGACGACGCUCAUCAACUUCGCUAAGCGGGCGAAGACGGCCGAUGUGAUACGUGACAUCCAGCAGUACCAGAACGUGCCGUAUUCCCUGCAGCCAGUCACAGAACUACAAGACUACAUCUUGAGUAACAUGCAGGCGGCGGGAGAUGUACACGAGAUGUACGACAAGAGCUUGCUGGUAGAACCACGCGAGAGGGAAGAUGAGAAAAUCGUUAGGUAUGUGGCAAUGAGGGAGCAGCAGCUGCUCUAUGGUCGCAUGGCCCUCACCGGCGGCGGCUUCUAA